AAUGCUGGUCGGCGACCAAGCUUGAAUUUACUGCCCCGCUCUGCAGAGUCAUCAUGGUGACACACUAGUAAAGGAGUGGCUUUCUCUCUUCCUUGUGCAGCCCUGCUUGGUUCCUGGAAGGAUCGAUGAGAUGCCCGAAUCGGCUGUGAAGUCGGCCUCCAACAAAUACCAAGUCUUUUUCUUUGGAACUCAUGAAACGGCCUUCUUGGGCCCCAAAGACCUCUUCCCGUAUGAGGAGUGCAAGGCCAAAUUUGGCAAGGCCAACAAGCGGAAAGGCUUCAGCGAAGGCCUCUGGGAGAUCGAGAACAACCCCACAGUCCGGGCCUCUGGAUACCAGCCCACCCAGAAAAAGGGUACCAUGGAAGACGCCAAAGCUGGACGGGAACAGGAAGGUGAGAAGAAAGGCAGCCCUGAGGGGAGCAGCGACGAGGAAGGCAACCUGGUGAUUGACGAGCAGUCCAAGGAGAAGAACGAGAAGGCCGGAAGCAAGCGGAAAGCCGAGGGUGGCCUGGAGGACUCCUCCCCCAAACGCAUCAAGGAGGUGGAGGAUCAGGAAGAUGCCGGUGAGAAGCCAGGAUGCGAAGAGGCCCCCAAGGAGGUGGAGAAGCAGAAGAGCGGCCUCCCGGAGGCGGGGGACAAGGAGAAGAACAGCGGCGGCAGCGGCGGCAACCUCUCUGCCAUGCCAGGAGCAGAGGAUGAGGGGAAGGAGGUGGCUGCCGUCAAGGAGCAGGAGCAGGAGCAGGAUGAAGAGGAGGAUGAGGAGGAGAGCAGAGAUCACAAGGAGAGCCUGUAGCUGGCCAACUCUGCCUGCUCUUCUGACCCGAUCCUGACCUGCUGGUUUCCCUGGGUGCUAAGAACCAGAUUUCAUCGUUCUUGGCUUACUGUCUCUGCCACUCGGUGGGGAAGGAGUCGAGAUCCAACCUUUCUACAGAAGCAAAAGGAAAUUGUCCUGCCCGGCCGACCCACAUCUCUCCUGGCCAGCCGUUUGCCGGCUCUGCGCUUUGAGUUAGUAAUUUCUAGGGGGUUGGGAGCGCUGAUCAGCCACUUUGAAAUAAAAGCAGUUGAAUGCCUUUUUAAAAAAAA